CGCAACUAGUAUGCGCUCGAACACGGCAUUGCGCACAUCAUGGGCGAGAGUGGGCGCGCGCAAAUCGAUGCGAAUCGUGUGCGAUGUGCCAGGCACGAAUCAAACGUGACACGACACAACGCAACUCGGCGCGACGGAGCUGUGCAGCUAACGGUGCCACCGACUCUGGUCUGGUCUGGUCUGGGCUGGGCGGUGCCAUCUGACGGUGGGUCAACUCCAACGACAACGACGACGACUGCCUCAAGUGAUCCGCGGUCUACUUUUAGGCUGACUCCAGGAGUCAACGCUCAUUUCCUACAGGGCAUCAGCAAUGUCGUCGACUUCGAAAGGGAUACAGUUAUAGCCGUGUAUAGCUGGAAGCGUUGCGGACGAAAACGGUAACAUGGCAGCUGAAUGUCGUGACAGACAGAGACGGCGACAGAGGAAGAGAGAGAGAGAGAGAGAGAGAGAGAGCGAGUGUGUUGGUAUGUGUGUGAGUGUGGGUGGUGAGAGCGUUCUCCAUUUUAUGUACAAUAAAGGAAUUUGCACACACAGCGACAGACAGCGCCACAGAG